AGAGAGAGAGAGAGAGAGAGACAGAGCAAUUCAUCCAGGGAGACCGAAUAAGCAACUUUGUUACCAGGCAUAUCUUUGUCCUCCCCGGCGCAACGCGUAAUGAAAAGAGAAAGGCAUUUGGCAGUUCUGGUUGAUCAGCAUUUCUUUUCAUCCUCUUUGGUGCAUUAGAGGAGGCAAACGUGUCCAUAAUAAACAGGCGUCGUAUAACAUUAGUAAGUCGUACAAUGGAGCAUACGUUGUCAUACCGAACAAGGAACGUUCAUAUUUACCAGUGAGUGAGAUUACUUCGGCAGCACAACAGUGUGAGUUUAGCCAUCAACACAGAGAUAAUGCAUCACUGGAUUGUAAUCCUAUUGUUGGUGACUACAUCAGUCGGCAUCGUUGAGAUGUUUGACAAUUAUGGAGAGAUAUGUCGAAGAUUGUGUGCCUGUGAGGAGAAAGAGGGGAUACUGACUGUGGGCUGUGAAAGUAGAGGAAUAGUCGAUCUCUCUGAAGUUAGCCCUGUGUACUUCACAACGUAUCAUUUACUGCUCACAGGGAACCUUUUGAAGAGGCUCUCCACCAAUGACUUUGUUGAAUACAAUGGGCUUACAAUAUUGCAUCUGGGCAACAAUGACAUAUCCACAGUUGAAUCAGGAGCUUUUAAUGGACUUCAGGGAUUAAAAAGAUUACAUCUCAACAAUAACAAAAUUAAUGCCUUGACGGAAGAUCUUUUCAUUGGCCUUGAAAGUCUGGAAUAUCUUCAGCUAGACUACAAUUCCAUCGCCCAUGUCGAGCGAAAAGCCUUCAGCAAACUGCGUCGUCUGGAGGUCCUGAUUUUAAACGACAACAUCAUUUCUACUCUUCCCACUGACAUUUUCCAACACGUUCCUUUGACUCACCUUGACCUGAGGGGGAAUCAACUGAAACUGUUCCCUUAUUCGGGUCUUUUGGAGAACAUGGACAGCAUUAUGGAAUUACAACUAGAGGAGAACCCAUGGAACUGCUCUUGUGAGUUGAUUGCGCUGAAGGCCUGGCUCGAGAGCAUAUCCUACACCGCUUUAGUGGGUGAUGUGGUCUGUGAGUUUCCAUUCCGGCUUCAUGGGAGAGAUCUUGAUGAAGUCUCUAAACAGGAACUGUGCCCCAGGAGAGCUAUUGCAGAGUAUGAGAUGCGUCCCCGGGCACAUCAGACCACUGAUGCGUACUUUAGGACCACACCAGCCUCAGUCACAGCCUCGUUCACAUCCCGGUCAAAGCCCACCAAGGGACCUCGCCAGUCAGGCAAGUUAAAGUCAAAACCCACAUCUCGCAUUCCCUCCAAUAAACCGCAAAACUACGGUCAAAUCGUUUCAUAUCAAACCAAAUCCCCAAUGCCUUUGGACUGUCCUACUGCCUGUACUUGCAAUCUCCAAAUUUCAGACCUCGGUCUGAACGUUAACUGCCAAGAGAGAAAGAUUGAGCACAUCUCUGACUUAAAUCCCAAACCCUACCAUCCCAAAAAGAUGUAUCUCACAGGGAAUUUUAUCCCCGUGGUGCGGAGAUCAGAUUUCGUUGAAUUGAUUGGAUUAGAUUUGCUUCACCUUGGCAACAAUCGGAUCGCUCACAUCCAUGACAGAGCCUUUGGGGAUUUAACACACUUACGCAGGCUGUACUUGAAUGGGAAUUUGAUAGACCGUCUCACAGUCGAUAUGUUCUUUGGAUUAGAGAGUCUGCAGUUCCUAUAUUUAGAAUACAAUGUCAUUAGAGAAAUUGUUUCAGACACCUUUCAGCACGUCCCCAACAUUCAGCUGCUCUUCCUGAAUAAUAACCUCCUGAAGACCUUACCCCAGGGAAUCUUUAAUGGGUUGACAUUGGCCAGACUAAAUCUUCGUAAUAAUCACCUGCGCAGUCUGCCUGUCAGUGGCGUGUUGGGUCAACUGACAUCACUGGUGCAGGUAGACUUGUUCGAGAACCCCUGGGAUUGCGGCUGCUCCGUCGUGAAGAUGAAGAUGUGGCUGGAACAGCUCAGCAGCGGCACGGUUGUGGACAACGUCAUCUGUGGCUCCCCUAAGAGGCUGUUCGGGGAGGAUAUGCGAUACAUUAAGACAACUCAUUUCUGCCUUAACAACUCUGAUAUCCUUGCGUCCAUGAUCCCACCUUCAGAAGAAUCUGUUCCCGGCAGCACCAUCACCAUAGAAACAUCAUUAGAUUACGACACACAGAUCAACAGUGUUCCUCUGUCUGUUACGAUCCUUGCCUUGCUCCUGAUGUUCAUCGUUUCGGUGUUUGUCGCUGCAGGACUGUUUGCGGCUGUGAAGAAGAGACGUCAAAAGACUCUAAAUGAGCAGAAUAACUCCAUGAAUGCGUGCAUUAGUUCCCUGAACAUGGAGUACGGGCUUUACAAAAAGGGAUCUAUUCCAAAAGUCAGGACGUCUGCAGGGCAUGUGUAUGAGUACAUCCCCUCUCCCACUGAACAAACGUGCAGAAACACAGUCUAUAGCCCCACGGUGUAUAGGCCAAUGGAGAACAAAUCAGUGGAUGGGUACAGAGACUUUGAUCAGUUGAAUGUGGCGUUUCUGAAUAAUCCCUCGGAAGAAGAGGUGGGUAGUAACGCAAUAAGCUCUGAGUACGGCGUUAGUACUCCACUCAACAAACACUCCCCUUUACAAGACGAUGUCCUAGACCCAGACAAGCCGUCACCCUACAGCAAUACUUUACCAUGCAGGCAUACUGCCCAUUCAUCAAAUCAGUAUAACUCAGACUUUAAUGUCAGACAUCAAUACACGCACCCAGAAAGCAUACAGCAGACAAUAUUGUAUUGCACAGCACCGAGUGCUGUUUAUGUUGAACCGAACAUAAGUGAGUACUGGGAACUGAAAGCCAAGCUUCAUAGUGAUCCCGACUACCUUGAAGUUCUUGAGAAACGUACAACGUUCACCCAGUUUUGAAUGACUUGAUUUUCUUCCUUGACUGGUUGAGUAAUUGCUUGUCGCAUUGGGGCAAGCUGUGCUCAUAUUGGAAAAAAAUGUGUGGAUCUAUCUUUUGAAACUAUACAGACAUGCAAAGGCUUCCCUUAACAGCGUAAAAGCAAUAGGUAUUCCGUUAGCUUGUUUAUUCUGGAUCAAUUACAGUCUCGCUUUGAGAAACGUUUUUUUUUUUUUUAAAGUUAUCCAAUCUCUGUGCCAACAACUAUGUAAAUAUGCAGUUUAUGUAUGCUUGUUGCAAUUUUAAAAGUGAGAUGCUCAACUGGCUUCUGUUUGCAUCAUCAUCAGCUAUAUGGCUAAACCAUGUUUUUAAAAGAUAAAUGCAUAAUCUAUACUUCGUAAGAGAUAUUUGGGGUGGUACAGUUUAUAAUUUUCAAUAAUUGUCUAUUUUUAUACAAGUAUUUGAGGAUGUAAUUCUUCUUCUGUUUUUGUUUUUAUGACUUUGCACUGAUUGACAGGAACAGGUCAACGAAUAUGAUGUCACUUUCUUAUAUAUAUAUAUAUUGCAUAGACUAUGUAAAUAACCAUGGCCGUAUGUUAAAUAUGUUAAAUUAUUGCAGAUAUGUAACUACUGCAUUGUGAAAAAGUUAUAAGACAUUUGGUAUUAUACCUGCAUAUAGACACUUAUUUUUCCAGUUUGGAAUCCUCAAUCCUCAAUUUCCCUAUUUUCAUAUCCUUUAGAGUGAUGAAAUAAGUAUUCACGGUGGGGGAGAGUGGGGUAAGUUGAGUUGGCAUUGGGGUAAGUUGAGUUGACAUUGGGGUAAGUUGAGGGGACAGUGGGGUAAGUUGAGGUCCCAGUGGGGUAAGUUAAGCCAUUUUUUACAUUCAGCAUCACUCCAUCAAGGAAUAUAUAGUAUUAUUUCUAACAAAAAUACCUAUAUAUAUUUCAGGAUGUUGUGUAUCCCUGGAAAUAAUCAAAAUUCAUGUAAACAUUACAGUUUUGAAAGCAUAGCUUGUUCAGAAAAAGUGUUUUAGCAAAACUUACCCCAUGUAUGGGGUAAGUUGAGCCACGGGACAGGAUAAAUAAGCCGCCUACUGAAUUAAAUAUUGCCACCACCUUUUUAAAGCCAUGUCUGUCUUAAUUUCCCAAACACAAUUCAACACAAUCACAAUCGCUUUUUGUCUUUUAAUUCAUUUAAUUUUCUUUUAACACAGGCUUAACACCUAAAAAUCACUUUGUACUUGUUAAAACACUUUUAACAUUGUGCAGCCCCUGUUGUUACUUCAUAUCCCAGCGAUAAUUUCUUGCAUUAUGCCUAGGAAGAAAACACUUUAAUUUGCUCAACUUGCCAUUGGCUCAACUUACCCCAUGGCCAUUGGCUCAACUUACCCCAAGGCAAACAUUUUCACUAUAUUAACAAUCACAGCUACAAGUAUGCACUUUCAUGCUAGGUUUAUUGUUGUUCACCACUUUUUCCAAUGUGGUUUCUUCCUUCAGAGACUCCAUGAAAUGAUGACCUCUUCCUAAAUAUUUGGUCAAAUGAUUCACUUUGUGUAUUGUUUCCUACAAACAAGGGUGGCUCAACUUACCCAUUUGGCUCAACUUACCCCACUCUCCCCUAUCGUUGUCAACAAAUAAACUGAAAUACAUGUAUUCCUCUUAUCGCUAGACAUAGCUCGAUAUAAAAUGCAUUUGGAUGCAAAAUAACUUCUGGUGACUGCCACUUUUAAAUGUCAAACAUGUUUGAUCACUUAAAUAUAUUUUUGGGGUAUUACUGUAGAAUGUAAAUUUGAAUUGAUUGUUAGACAUUUUUUGGUUAUGGUCCAAGCUAGGGUUGCAAAAUUCCAGUAACUUUCCCAAACAUCCUGGUUGGAGUAUUCCAGAUUUCCUGCGUAUUCCUGGAGUAUAUUAACCAGGAUUUCUGUGACAUUUAAACAGACACUCUUAUCCACAGCAACUAGGGUUAACUGCCUUGCUCAAUGGCACAUUGGCAGAUUUUUCAGCUAGUCGACAAGGGGAUUCAAACCAGUGAACUUUUUGGUUACUGGUCCAAUGCCCUUAACCACUAGGCUACCUGACUGUGGUCUAUUACGUUAUGAUGUCUAUUCAAAGCGUUGAAAAAUUAAUUGUGUAAAGAUUAGUAAAUGUAAUGAAAUUGACCAUUCUCAAAUCAAAUAAUCUAACAUGCUUCGUAAAACAGCAGCAGUCGUAGACUAACAGGGAAAUGCUUACCUACGGGCCCUUCUCAACAAUGCAGAGAGAAAAAUAAUAGAAACAUAAUAACACAAGGACUAAAUACAGAUUGAGUAAUUAUAACUUGGCUAUGCACUGAGUGUACAAAACAUUAGGAACACCUUCUCUUUCCAUGACAUAGACUGACCAGGUGAAAGCUUUGAUCCCUUAUUGAUGUCACCUGUUAAAUCCACUUCAAUCAUCGUAGAUAAAGGGGAGGAGACAGGUUAAAGAUGGAUUUUUAAGUCUUGAGACAAUUGAGACAUGGAUUGUUAAUGUGUGCCAUUCGGAGGGUGAAUGGACAAGACAAAAUAUAGAAGUGUCUUUGAAUGGGGUAUGGUAGUAGGUGCCAGGUGCACCGGUUUGAGUGUGACUAUAACUGCAAAGCUGAUGGAUUUUUAAUGCUCAACAGUUUCCCGUUUGUAUAAGGAAUGGUCCACCACCCACACAACUUUUUUUUAACUAGGCAAGUGAGUUAAGAACAAAUUCUUAUUUACAAUGACAGCCUACCCCGGACAUCGCUGGGCCAAUUGUGCGCUGCCCUAUGGGACUCCCAAUCAUGGCCAGAUGUGAUUCAGCCUAGAUUUGAACCAGUGCCUGUAGUGUUGCCUCUAGCACUGAGAUGUAGGGCCUUAGACAGCUGCGCCCAACUUGACACAACUGUGGGAAGCAUUGGAGUCAACAUGGGCCAGCAUCCCUUUGGAACGCUUUCGACACCUUGUAGAGUACAUGCCUGGACGAAUUAAGGCUGUUCUGAGGGCAAAAGGGAGGUGUGCAACUCAAUAUUAGGAAGGUGUUCCUAAUGUUUUGUAUACUCAGUGUCUACACAGGGUAUCAGUACCGACUCGGUGUGCAGGGGAUACGGCAUGUGCCUCUGCACAUCUAACAAGUAAUAUCCAACAGUUUCACAACAUGUACACGUAAAUCGAAGUAAAGACUGGAUGAAUAAUAUAUACAUAUAAUCAGAGCGGCAUUGGACUAAGAUACAGUGGCAUAGUAUAGAAUACAGUACAUACAGUUGAAGUCGGAAGUUUACAUACACCUUAGCCAAAUACAUUUAAACUCUGUUUUUCACAAUUCCUGACAUUUAAUCCUAGUAAAAAGGAUUCCCUGUCUUAGGUGAGUUAGGAUCACCACUUUAUUUUAAGAAUGUGAAAUGUCAGAAUAAUAGUAGAGAAAAUUAUUUAUUUCAGCUUUUAUUUCUUUCAUCACAUUCCCAGUGGGUCAGAAGUUUACAUACACUCAAUUCGUAUUUGGUAGCAUUGCCUUUCAAUUGUUUAACUUGGGUCAAACGUUUCGGGUAGCCUUCCACAAGCUUCCCACAAUAAGUUGGAUGAAUUUUGGCCCAUUCCUCCUGACAGCUGGUGUAACUGAGUCAGGUUUGUAGGCCUCCUUGCUCGCACAUGCUUUUUCAGUUCUGCCCAGAAAUGUUCUAUGGGAUCGAGGUCAGGGCUUUGUGAUGGCCACUCCAAUACCUUGACUUUGCUGUCCUUAAGCCAUUUUGCCACAACUUUGGAAGUAUGCUUGGGGUCAUUGUUCAUUUAGAAGACCCAUUUGCGACCAAGCUUUAACAUCCUGACUGAUGUCUUGAGAUGUUGCUUAAAUAUAUCCACAUAAUUUUCCUCCCUCAUGAUGCCAUCUAUUUUGUAAAGUGCACCAGUCCCUCCUGAGCAAAGCACCUCCACAACAUGAUGCUGACACCCCAGUCUGGCUUUUUUAUGUCGAUUUUGGAGCAGUGGCUUCUUCCUUGCUGAGCAGCCUUUCAGGUUAUGUUGAUAUAAGGACUCGUUUUACUGUGAAUAAAGAUGCUUUUGUACCUGUUUCCUCCUUCAUCUUCACAAGGUCCUUUGCUGUUGUUCUGGGAUUGAUUUGACCUUUUCACACCAAAGUACGUUUAUCUCUAGGAGACAGAAUGCGUCUCCUUCCUGAGCGGUAAGACGGCUGUGUGGUACCAUGGUGUUUAUACUUGCGUACUAUUGUUUGUACAGAUGAGCGUGGUACAUUCCGGCAUUUGGAAAUUGCUCCCAAGGAUGAACCAGACUUGUGGAGGUCCACAAUUUCUUUUCUGAGGUCUACAAUUUUUUUUCUGAGGUCUUGGCUGAUUUCUUUUGAUUUUCCCAUGAUGUCAAGUAAAGAGGCACUGAGUUUGAAGGUAGGCCUUCAAUUACAUCCACAGGUACACCUCCAAUUGACUCAAAUUAUGUAAAUUAGCCUAUCAGAAGCUUCUAAAGCCAUGGCAUAAUUUUCUGGAAUUUUCCAAACUGUUUAAAGGCACAGUCAACUUAUUGUAUGUACUCUUCUGACCCACUGGAAUUGUGAUACAGUGAAAUAAUCUGUCUGUAAACAAUUGUUGGAAAAAUGACUUGUGUCAUGCACAAAGUAGAUGUCCUAACCGACUUGCCAAAACGAUAGUUUGUUAACAAGACAUUUGUGGAAUGGUUGAAAAACUAGUUUUAAUGACUCCAACCUAAGUGUAUGUAAACUUCCGACUUCAACUGUAGAUAUGAGAUGGGUGAUGCAAUAUUUACACACAAUUAAAGUGAAUAAGAUACCGUAGAAUAGUAUAGAGUACAGUUUAAACAUAUGAGAUGAGUAAUGCAAGAUAUGGAGACAUUAUUAAAGUAGCUAGUGUUUCAUUUCCUUAAAGAGGCCGGUGACUCCUAAUCUGUGUCUAUAGGCAGCUGCCUCUGAUGUGCUAGUGAUGGCUGUUUAACAUUCAGUGUAUAGAAUACAAUACAGUAUAUACAGAUAUGUACAUAUGGGUAGUAAUAAAGUGACUAGGUAACAGGGUAAAUAAUAAGCAGUAGCAGCAGCGUAUGAGUCAAAGGAGUUGGUGCAAAGGGGGUUCAAUGCAGAUAGUCCCGUUGAGUCCCACUGUCGCUCCGGUGUGAUUUAAAACUUCUAACCCCUUUUGAACAUUGUGUGUUUGAGCUACAGAAUUCUGGGUAGUAUUUUCCCUCUUCAUUAUUCUGUAACGGUUCGGGGCUGAGCUAGAGCGGUGUUGGUGAGAUGAGGGCGAAUCCCAAAAGAUUUGUCCUUAUCACAUGCACAUGUAACAUGUUUUGCUCUAUGAUGCUCACAAGCUACACAAGAGGUGUUAGAAGGUCAGGGGUUUCUUCUAUAUAUAAGACCAUAGGAAAUACCAGGACAUACUGUCUAUAACACUGUAAGGAGUUCUUCUACAUAGAAGAUCAUAGGAAAUCCCAGGACAUGGUGUCUAUAACACUGCAAUACAAUAAAAUUCAUGAAUGCAGCUGUUUAUGUCAAAUUGUUUUGUGUUCUACUUGUAGCCCUGGUUGUCCUGAAAAGAAAACGGUAAACCACUUCAUUGUAAGACUAAAUACUGUGCAAGGGCUGGACAUGCAGAUAUAUGAAAUAUGAAAGUCAGAUAAAUGAAAAAACGAUUUUUGCUUGGGUCUCAGGAUUGAUUGGGUUAACUAUUUAGCAAUAUUAUGGCUUGGGGGUAGAAGCUGUUCAGAGUCCUGUUGGUUCCAGCCUUGAUGCAUCGGUACCGCUUGCCAGGCGGUAGCAGAGAGAACAGUCUAUGACUUGGGUGGCUGGAGUCUUUGACAAUUUUUAGGGCCUUCCUCUGACACCGCCUGGUAUAGAGGACGUGGAUGGCAGAGAGCUCGGCCGUACGCACUACCCUCUGUAGCGCCUUGCCAUUGGAUGCCAAGCAGUUGCUACCCCAAGCGAUAAUGCAGCCAGUCAAGAUGCUCUCAAUGGUGCAGCUGUAGAACUUUUUGGGGGUCUGGGGAACCAUGCCAAAUCUUUUCAACCUCCUGAGGGGGAAGAGGUGUUGUAGUGCCUUCGUCACAACUGUGUUGGUGUGUGUGGAUCAUUUUAAUUCCUUAGUGAUGUGGACACCAAGGAACUUGAAGCUCUCGACCUGCUCCACUACCGCCCCAUUGAUGUGGAUGGGGGCGUGUGUUCGCCUCUCCGUUUCCUCUAGUCCACAAUCAGCUCCUGUGUCUUGCUGACAUUGAGGGAGAGGUUGUUGUUCUGGCACCGGAAUGCCAGGUCUCUUACUUCCUCCCUAUAGGCUGUCUCAUUGUCAUCAGUUUAUCAGGCCUACCGCUGUCAUGUCGACAGUAAACUUAAUGAAGGAGUCGUGCGUGGCCAAGCAGUUGUGGGUGAACAGAGAGUACAGGAGGGGACUAUGCACGCACCUCUGAGGAGCACCCGUGUUGAGUGGGUGUGUUGUUACCUACCCUCACCACCUGGGGGGCGGCCUGUCAGGAAGUCUAGAAUCCAGUUGCAGAGGGAGGUGUUCAGCCCCAGGGUCCUGAGCUUAGUGAUGAGCUUGGAGGGUACUGAGCUGUAGUCAAUGAACAGCUUUCUUACUUUAAAAAAAUGUAACCUUAACUAGGCAAGUCAGUUAAGAACAAAUUCUUAUUUACAAUGACGGCCUCCACCGGCAUAAACCCAGGUCAGUUGUGCGCCACCCUAUGGGACUCUUAAUCACAGCUGGUUGUGAUACAGCCUGGAUUCAAACCAGGGUGUCUGUAGUGAUGCCUCAAGCACUGAGAUGCAGUGCCUUAGACCACUGCGCCACUCAGGAGCCCAAUGUGUUCUAUUUAUCCAGGUGGGAGAGGGCAGUGUGGAGUGCAAUAGAGAUUGCCUCAUCUGUGAUUCUGUUGUGGCGGUAUGUGAAUUGGAGUGGGUCCAGGGUGUCUAGAAUGAUGGUGUUGAUGUGAGCCAUGACCAGCCUUUCAAAGCAUUUCUAGGCUGCAGAUGUGAGUGCUAUGGGGCGAUCGUCAUUUAGACAGGUUACCUUGGCGUUAUUGGGCACGGGGACUAUGGUGGUCUGUUUGAAACGUAGGUAUUACAGACAGGGUCAGGAAGAGGUUGAAAAUGUCAGUGAAAACACUUGCCAGCUGAUCAGCGCAUGGACUGAGUACACCACUUGGUAAUCCAUCUGGACCUGCUGCCAUGUGUCAGAAUGGAGAAGAAUAGAGAAUCUGAAAUUCGAGUUCCAGGGAUACAACUCUUCAAUGCUAUGUUGUGUUGCUGGCCUUUUCAUAAAGCGUGUGAUGGGAUAACGUCAGAUAAUGCUCAGUCUGUGAUGAAAAGCAGUCUGGACUUCAGAAAUAAUGCGUACUAACCCAUUUCUGGGCUAAUUGGGUUAGCUGAAAAAGAUGCCUUUUCAGCAGAUUUAUUGGGGGAGAUUAAAAAAAAGGCACUAAGAGAAAACUCUAGAAUGCAUUUGCACGGUAUUAACAUGUUCAUGAGUGUCCUGUCCAUCUUAUUUUCCCGUAUUGACAUAUGAGGUUGAAGUUUAGACAUGAUGUGUUUUGAUUCCUGUAUGCAUGUUGUUGUAUCUGUUAUCGCACCGUGGCAUUUUUCUUGUUUUUGUUUGAAAUCAUAUGCCAAGAGUUCCAUUUAAUAAGUCACUUGAUUUACUGUGACUCCUGUCCCACAUGCUCCUUGACCUGUAUUGAUUUAACAUGUCCAUAUAGAGUGAGCCUAUACAUUGUAUGUAUCAAAAGCAAAUAGCCAAUAAAUGCCAAUGUUUUGUGUCACAUUCAAGUAUAUCAAAGAAGUUGUACAAAUGCAAUGUGACUCAUGCAACCAGUUUGUACAAAGUCCACAUCAUUGAUGUUUUUUUCUGAGGGUUUUCUUAAUUUUUUGUACACGUGUUUUGUAAGUUAGGUCCAGCGAGUGUUCUACUUAAGUACGUUUUUUUUUAAUGACUAGUCCCUUUUUAGUUUUCAUAUGUGAGUGAUUUGAUGAAUUAUACAUUACUACUUCAACUUUGUAAAUAGAAUGUGCUAGUUACAUCUCCUGCUUCACUGAGAGCCGGGCUUUUAUUGUGGAAACACACUGGAUGAGAGGAAAUGCAACUUGGAAAUAAGAUUUGAGCUCAGAGAUAUAAUGUAUCUCUUAAAUAGUGCUGUUUCUCCUAUUGUUAGCCAAUUAAUAAAAUAUGUGCAUUAAUUCUGUAUCUUUCUCUGUUUUGCCUUCACCCUCAAACUGUGGUAACAGUAUGUUGGAAGUAGUACAUAUCAUAGCACACCGGGAGGUUUGGUUAUGAAAUACUGCCUCAAAAGACUACUGGCGUGUUUCAUAGCAUUACUAAGAUUACUUAAACCGUUUACAUCGCUCUCAGGAUUUCAUCCAAGUCCAAAUGUAAAAAUGUUCAAACAAUGAAUUAUGUUACAUCAUCUGAAAUAUUGUAACAUGAUCAAUGUUGGUUUAUCAUGCACUCUUAGGGGGGGGAAAGGGUUCCAAAGGGGUUCUUUGUCUGUCCCCAUAGGAGAACCCUUUUUGGUUCCAGGUAGAACCAAUUUGGUUUCCAUGCAGAACCCUCUGUGGAAAGGGUUCAACAUGAAACCCAAAAGGGUUCUACCUGCAUCCAGAAAGGGUUCAUCAAAGGGUUCUCCUAUGGGGACAGCCGAACAACCCUUUAAGGUUCUAGAUAGCACCUUUUUUUUCUUCUAAAAGUGUACUGUUUAUUUUUGUUUAAAGUGAUCACUUUUUUCCUCCUAUUGUCUGUGUAGUUUGACAAAAUGGCUUCCACUCAGGCCUCACCUGACAUUUUGGCAGGGUCAAGAUGAAAUACAGGAUGUCCAAAGUCAUUGUGGUGAUGAAAUAUUUGCCUUAAGACGAGGCACAACACACUAAUAGGGAUUUUUUUCUUUCUCUUAAUCAAUCAUAUUGCAAUACAUUUUUUACCAAAUGAAUGUAGACACAAAUAUAAUAGUUUUUUGUAUUACAAUUGUUCUGAAAUAUGUUAUUACAAUAUGCAAAUUAGGCAAUAUCUUUAUAAAUAUGUGCAUAUUUGCAUACCACGCAAAUUCAUUUUUCUGGACACUGGAUGAAGUCAGCCUAAAUAUUUAGUCUAUUAUGUCCAAAGUCAUUGUGGUGAUGAAAUGUGUAGUGUCGCAUCAGAAUUCAUAUAUUUCAAAUUAAACUGCUUUCGACAUUCAAA